UUCCGAACUUCGUACAAGGCUGAUUGUUCCUCUACGGGCGCGACCAGUGUGAACACUGGCAUUCGAUUCAGCAGGUCGUUUACGCUCCAUUCACGUACGGCAAAAAGCCUCCGGUCUGUUAGAAUUCGCUCCACUUACAGGUGUAUUGCAUGAACUGAUACAAUUUGGAGUGCCACUCUUUCUCACGAAAUGGAUUUGCUGGACCUUCGCACCUUUCUGCUGGGCGUACUUUUGCUCCUGGUUCUCCGCUGGCUGCUCGGCCGGCCUAAGAAUCUCCCUCCUGGGCCCUGGGGAUUCCCACUUCUCGGCUCCAUACCUGCCAUCGUCUGGGGAAUGUUUCGAGGCUCGGAGCCCCACCAUCAGUUCCAUAGGUACGCCGCCAAAUACGGGCCCAUAUUUUGCUUCAAGAUUCUCAACAAGACGGUUGUCGUCCUGAACGACUACACGUUGGUGAAAGAAGCUUUCCAGCAUCCGCAGCUCAGCGACAGACCCAAAAAUAUCCUAACUGAUGUUUUGAAAGUGGAUGCUGUUGUUGUAUCUAACGGCGAACCUUGGGUAGAAAUGCGUCGGUUCUGCCUAACUGUUCUCCGGAGCUUCGGGGUCGGCAAGACUUCAUUUGAGGAGAAGAUAGGCACCGAGGCCGAGGAACUCAUGAAAGAAAUGGCCGCCUUCGGGGGCAAGCCCUUCAACCCCAAAUCGUUCAUUGGCAACGCUGUGGCUAACGUCAUCUGCUGCGUCAUCUUCGGCAAGCGCUACGAGUACAACGACGAGGAGUUUAAGUAUCUCCUUGAUUUACUCACUCAAAACGCCCAGCUCUCGGGCGGGGGAGGCUUAAUUGGUUUCCUUCCUGGCUUACGGUUUCUACCUCUUAGCCCCUUUCCUGCCCUGUUGGCUAAUUUUACAGAAAUUUUUGGCUUCAUCGGGAAAUUCAUCGACGCCCAUCGCAAAAAUUUCGACGCAGACGAUUUGAAGGAUCUCACGGACGUGUAUCUGAAGGAAAUUCAACAGAAUCUAGCUAGAGAUAAAGAUGGAAUGCUGCCGGAUAGGAAACAUGUCAAAAAUUCGAAAUACCGUCACCUGAGUGAGCGUAACAUCGUCGGUACUAUUGUGGGUCUCUUCGGGGCUGGUUCUGAGACUACCGCCACUACUCUCCAGUGGGCAUUACUGUACAUGAUGGUGUACCCUGACAUACAGAAGCGAGUCCAGGCCGAAAUCGACGACGUUGUGGGUCGCAACCGCAUGCCUAGAAUGGCCGAUAUUCCGGAGCUACACUUCACUCGAGCGGUAACCUGGGAGGUCCAACGUCUGGCCAACAUCGUUCCUUUGGGCGUCCCACACUCCGCUGCUUCGGAUAUCUAUCUCCAAGGCUACUUGAUCCCCAAGGAUACCUUGGUUUUGCCCAACAUGUGGACCAUCUUUCAAGAUCCCAAACAUUGGCCCGAGCCGGAGCAGUUCAAACCAGAAAGGUUUCUGAACGGAGGCGGCGAGGCUGUGAAGGCAAACGAGUUGAUACCGUUCAGCACUGGCAGGCGCAGCUGCAUCGGGGAGCACCUGGCCAAGAUGGAGAUCUUCCUCUUCUUCGCUUUCUUCAUGCACCAGUUCACCUUCAAGAAACCCGAAGAUUCUCCACCGCUGACGUUGAAGGGCAGGGGCGGCCUCACGCACGCCCCGCUGCCCUAUGAGUUGUGCGCAGUCCCGCGUGGCUAAUAGCAUUUUUGUUGAUAAAUGGAUGUACCGGUUCUGUUCCAUUGGUGAUGCACGCCUCACUUGAUAAAAUGUAAGCAUGAGUAGGAAUAAAAGAAAGAAAAACAGCUAAAGAAAAAUGGAACGGGACAGAUAUACUUGCAGCCAGUAACAGUCUGAAAUGUUUAUAGCCAAACAUAAACAGGGUGACCCAAAACAAAUGCAACCCUAAAACAUUUGCCUUAAGAAAAAGGAUCAGUGGAUUUUUAUGGUUUGGGUAUCAGAUUAAAGCUGAGAGCUUUUUCGUUCAAGUAUUGAAAACAAUCAUUGAAAUAGCACUUUGGGUUGCUGAGAAAAUGCCAAUUAUGUAAAAGUAGUCCAUUUUCAUCAUGUAGGCUACACAAAACAUUACCACAGGAAAGGAUUUUCACUGCACCUAUUUGUGCAAAAAAACAUGGCACAUAUCAUGACAAGAGUACAAAUGGAUUUGAUGGUAAUACCGUUUAUGAUCCACCUGAACAGGUAUCUCAUCCUUUCUAGUCUAUAUUUGAAACCCUUUCAGCAUCAUAAAUAAUUAUGUCAAAAUACUAAAUAAAUUGCACAAUUGAACAGUUGGCUUACAGUAAAAUGUUCCACUGUUUUAAAGUACUUGUCUAUAGUGGUGCACCCAGGAGUUUGCUGGGGUGGCAAACAUUUUUUUCUUCAAAUUUUGUAGAAGUUAAUUUUUUUUUUUCAAAAAAUCUUGCCCAAAAUUGUUGGCCUCAGAAAAAAAAUGGGUUUUUUUUGGGAGGAGGGCGGAAUUACACCCCUAUUUUACUACUCCAAAAUAGGUCACACACAUAUCACCGUGGUCAAAUUGCGUGAUUAAAAAAUAAAAAUACCACAAAAAGAAAUGUACAACCUCUUUGGGCCUCAAGCCCCCGAGGGCUCCCCCCCCCCCCCCUU